AUGAACAUCUGCUUUGGAAAUUUACAGCAUUGCUUUGUUGGUCUACAGAUAACAGUUGAUGGAGAAGUUAUUAGAGACUCGAAUACGAUCCUCAGGGUUGGUUCACAAUUGGUCUAUCAUAGGCUUCCGUGGAGAGAGCCGGAUGCGCCAUACUUGCUGGAGGUUCUGUAUGAGGAUGAUGAUAUGGGACUUGUGCACUACCAGUACAAUGCUGAUGUACAAAACCCGGCUCUAGCCAUUUCAGCCUUUGGAAGCGCAAGUGCUGGAACUGUAUCAGUUCCUCCCACUUUGUUCACCACUAAUAUUGAUGAUAAUGUCCUUGCUCUGUCAUUGAAGACUGAUGUAGCCACCGUUCAAAAACUCAAAGCUGGACUUGCUCUGAAGCCAUAA